AUCAGACGGUGGUUCUCGUCUUUCUCUGGUGAUGUCACCGCGAACGGGCCCGUUGUAACGCGUCGGUGGAGUUGAUGGCGUCAUUGCGCGUCCUGACGGAGCCUCCCGAGCGCGCGCACGGAUCGCAGUGAAGGCCGACGCGACGCGACGCGACCGAGGCUCCGGUGGCCGCGAUCGAGCGACCCAAACCCGGACCCCGAGCGAGGAAACAUGCAGGCCGUGCCGGAGGAGCUGCGGGCCGGCUCCCGGAUCCCGGUGACCGUCGAACAGAUCGUGAACGACACGCUCGUGGUGACGCUGGUCUACCGGGAGAAGAGCUACACCGGGAUCUUACUGGACUGCAGCAGAAAGACUGGGCUGUUUUGCCUUCCAGACGUUGUUGGAAAAUCAGAAGAGAGCCUCCUACUGAGACCGGACUGUGAAGUCUCGAGUGAAGAGGCUUCUUCCAAACCCGUUAGUCCGCCUUCACCGCGACCAAAAGAUGAGAACACGGAGCCAGCGAUGGCUCCUCCUGCUCCCGUACCCGUCCCGGUACAACCGGGCCAGCCCACGUACCCACCGUACUUCGAGGGCGCUCCUUUCCCGCAACCCGUUUGGGUCCGGCACACGUACAACCAGUGGGUUCCUCAACCACCACCUCGUCCAAUCAAGAGGAAGAAAAGAAGAAGUCGAGAGCCUGGAAGGAUGACCAUGAGCACGAUCCGACUGAGACCUCGGCAGGUGUUGUGCGAGAAAUGCAAAAACACACUAAACAGCGACGAGGACAGCAAAGAUGGACCAACGGCGCCCAAGACGUCUAGAAAAGAAAACGCGCCUCAAGAAGACGAGGACACUAAAGCAACUCCGGCCAAGAGAAAGGACGACGGGGACAACAACAAAGAGUCGAAGAGAAGAGAGGACUCAAUGGUCUUUGACAACAAACGCUUCCGAAAGGACAAGAAAGACGACGAGAAGUUUCCGGUAGGGGACAUCAUUCCCCACAGUCCUGUAAUUAAGAUCUCCUAUAGCACUCCUCAAGGAAAAGGCGAAGUAAUAAAGAUCCCCUCGAGAGUUCACGGCUCUGUCAAACCCUUCUGUCCGAAACAGUUGUUGCAGAACGGGCAUGGACAAAGAGACGCCUCCAAGGAAUCCCAGAAAGUUGUGCAACCGCAAAUGGACGCCAUCCGAACGGGUCUUACCAUUUCCAUUCCCAAACUCAAGCUCCCAAAGUUGGCAAGUCCAGAGUCCCCGUCACCCAAGAUCCGCUUGAGAUCCCGGUCCGACGGAGGAGAGCAAGUGUCCGUGUACGAGGCAGAACUUGUCGGCGGUUCCCGGAGAAGAAGUCCAAGAGUUCCCAACUCUCAAUCCGAGGAUGGUGCCGAGAAAAACUCGCUUGAACUUUGGUCCGGCGAGGAGGUCGAUCGACACAGCGACCUGACUUUACUCAUUAACUUCCGGAAGAGGAAAGCGGAUUCUUCGAGCCUCUCCGUGUGCAGUAGCGACAGUCUAGACGAGUCCAAGUCGUUUAGCUCGGAUGGGACGUCGCCAGAACUCUGCGAUCUGGCUCCGGGCGACGACAUCUCCGUAUCGUCGUCUUCUCAAGGGGAAAGCAAGACUGUUCCGCCUCUAACCGUGCGACUGCACACUCGCAGCAUGACUAAGUGCGUGACCGAAGAAGGUCACGCCGUGACAGUAGGUGAUGUUGUUUGGGGAAAGAUUCACGGAUUCCCGUGGUGGCCUGCUCGGAUACUCAGUAUUAGCGGUUCUCGUAGAGAAGAAGGAGAGGUUGAUGCUCCUUGGCCUGAAGCUAAAGUGUCCUGGUUCGGUUCUCCCACCACCUCCCAACUCUCGUUUGCCAAACUGUCGCCGUUCCGCGAAUUCUUCAGGUUACGCUUCAACCGCAAAAAGAAAGGGAUGUACCGUCGCGCCAUCAUGGAGGCCGCCAAGGCGGUGGGACACAUGAGCGCCGAAAUCACAUCUCUACUGUCUCACUGCGAAACUUAGAGGGCGUGGACGGCAGAGGACUGGCUGUUAUUCAGGGGUCUGCAGGCGCUCAGUAUGUGGGAUCCUCCCGGCACGGAGAGCGCCUUCAUUAGCCACGGAGACCGCGAGGGAAGGUGCUUCUCCUCACACACGCGACUGCUGGAAGAAGAGGUCUGCCCUGUGAUGAGCGGGCUGAGUUUGAGGGGCCACGAGGAGAACCUGGGAACAUCUCGGAGCGAACAAUUCCCCCAUCUCCUCUUCGUUUGUCUCUCCAUCUUUCCUUUGUUUGUUUUGUAGGACAUUAUAUUAGAACAAGUAGCUUGACACUAAAUCCGAAUGUAUUUAUUCACACAAAAAAACACUCGACCGGUGACUGGCCUCGAAAUAAUCCUGUAAGAUCACGCUGCUGCUGUUUCUGAUGACUGACUGUCCUCAUAGGACGCCACGGACCGUCAAAUAUCCGUGUUAUGAUACUAAACGACAAGUCUUACUGUGUCUGUUCUUCAGAUUAUGAAAAUGUGAAAUUCCCUUUUGCAUCAUGUAGGUCUUACACAUGCAGUAUGUCAGAUUGUCCGUCGCUUCACAGUCUCUUUCUCUCUCUAGUUUUCUGUCCCCUUGAAGGAAUAUAUCUCCUGUCCUCCAUUUUCUUAUUUCGCUCUGAUUAUGUGAUGUUUUCUUUUGCUUUAAUUAUUUAAUGUCACGUUAAGAGAAGCACUUUAUCCAUACCUUGGUGGCCUGCUGUGAACUCGCCGUUCGCAGACUCUCGGAGGAGCCAACCCAUCGCUUAUGAAGUGAUUUUAAUUUUCAUGAAUUAAAGUACGCUUUCAGGAAGUUGUGUACACUGUAUUAUCGCGUUUAGCCUGGUUUACGUUAGACACCGUUGCUUUCCUCCUUAUGAAUUGUUCCACUGGAGAUAUGGACAGAACUGUACGCUCCUAUGCACCGUCUCUUUCAUUAAAGCAUAAAAAGCAG